UCAUUGUGAGUGUCUUCGGAGCCUUUGCUGUCAUGGCACGGCACCUUCAAGCGCGUGUUGACGAAGGCAACGCAACCAUGUCCGUUUCAUUGCCAGCGGAGAAUUACUUCAGAGAACCCACCUCGUCAAGCAUUUUAUAUCUCCAUGUUGGCUUCAUGAUUUUGGCUUGGAUAGGCGCUCUUUCCAUCCUGGCGUCGUUGCAGUUCACCCGCUCCAACCUUACAUAUCCAGCCCGAAUACUGCUGCUCGGGCUGCACGCCCUUGGGAUUAUCUUUGGUCUAGCAUAUAACUCCAGAACACCCGACUUAUAUCGCAAUAGCUCACAUCAUUCACUUGCCUGGACGUUGUCCGCCAUCGCUAUCUUAGAAUCGUUUCUAAGCAUCUUGAGAAGUUUCUCGCGGUCCUACUCCAAUAAAGCCAACUUCGAUGCGAGUCACGAACUGCAGCCGCUUGUCUCUUCUUCCAGCCUUUUCCAAGAAUCCGAGGACCAAAUACAUCCCACAGACCCGACCUAUCUGGCAUCGCUGAGAGAGAAUCGAAGAAAUCGGACAAAUUCUAUAAGAGUCGACGCCCAGGCCGCAAUCGAUGGACGGUAUCAACGACUAUCCUCGCGGGUCAAAAGCUGGUCUAAGUUAAUUUCAGCCAGUCGCUUCGUCCCUACUGUGGCAUCCACAUCUAGCCUUUUCAUCAUGGCAAUGAUCAUCCUAGCGUUUGUUUCUUUAUGCACUGGAAUAGUUACUAUGGCUGGAAUAUUUCAUGGAGACCACAUCUUCAACGGCCUGGCCCAUUUCAUCAAAGGCGGCGUUUUCUUCUUUUUCGGUGUCAUAACCUUGCUUCGCUGCAUUGGCUGCUUUUCUGGGCUUGGCUGGGCGUGGAAUCUCAAAGCCUCGACAGGUUUCCCAUCUCGGAAAUGGGGUCGCUCCGUCACCAUGGAGGGACUUGAAUGUUUGCUCAUCUUCAUUUAUGGAAUCACCAAUGUUUUCCUCGAACACAUCGCAGGUUGGGGAGAGGCGUGGACGGCACAGGAUCUUGAACAUGUCGCGAUAUCGCUCUUGUUCAUUGGCGGUGGUUUGUGCGGCAUGAUGGUUGAGUCCCGGGAUGUCUGGGCAUUGUCAAAAAACCAAAUACUGGAAGACUCUCUCACCUUGAACGAAAAGCAGAAUUUGAUACGCGGAUACUCGACAAACCCCGUACCUGCCAUGAUUAUAUUUCUACUAGGCACAAUCCUCGGUGGCCACCAUCAAAGCACGGUGGAGUCUACAAUGAUGCACAAAUGGUUCGGUAAUUUCCUCACAGCCGCAUCGAUAACGAGAAGUCUCACGUACCUGCUGCUCUAUCUUGCCCCAGCCCGAUCUCGAUCACCAUCCCGGCCUCCAUCUGAGCUUGUCACGUCAUUCUGUCUGAUGUCGGGAGGUCUGAUGCUCAUGGCCAGCAACAGAGACACGGUCGAUGCGAUGAUUGAGAAUGAUCUCAACGCUAUGCUAGUGGCCACCGUCACAAUGGGUAUAACGGCUGUUUUGAUGGCGUGGUGUUUUGCACUAGUUGCUUUAAAGGAGUGGGCGCAGAGGAGGGAAGGAUUGACGAAAGCAGGACAUGCCUAG